CAUAAAGCAGUCAGCUAUCUUCAGACGAGUGCACUCAGUUCGAUGACAUGGUUUAAAUUGGGGACUCCAAGAAUUGACAAAUUGAAGGAUAGAAACUAGCACAUUGGAGGAUAAGGCCAAUUGGUUUUUAGCCACUCAUUCUAUGGAUAUUGCUUGGAUUUUAUUAUUACAAAGCUGAUAUAAAACUUGGAAUUAUUUUGUGAAAGUAAACACAUUAACACAUCUUAUCCAGGAUAGGACAAGUCUGAUCACAGUGAAAGGAAUGUUCAGUGAAUACCACUUUGGAUCGAGGAUACAUUUGCUUCUUUAGACUGGCAUGACUUAAAAUGUUUCAGUUACUUUCAAAGAUGGUGCCUACAACCUUUGUGAAAAGUAAACCAACUUCUGUACAGGCUGCCAGUUACUGAGAAUACAGGUUACGACACCUUAUCAAGGAUCCAGUGAAUGGAAACAACUAUCAAGGAAAUAAUGUUCAUAGAUGGAAUUUUUUAGUUUUUCUAAAGAGAUGAUCUGUGAUAUUGUUUAGCAAGAUGCUUGAAAACAAGAUGGAUAAUGCAACAAAUUCCCCCACCAUCAGCUCGCCUCAUGGGUUAACAUCAAAUGAUACUACAUCUUCAGUCAUAACAGUGGAUAGCAUAGCCAACACAACGAAUCAGGUCUUCAGUGAUUGGGUAGUGAACUUCGCUGAGGCACUGAAGGGCAAUACUACCCUGACAUUCCCCAAUGACAAUCAAGUUGAAGAAGCCAAUACUUACUGGAUUUCAAAUGCAUUCAACCCUUCCACUCCUGGGCUUUCAACAGACUUUGGCACAAAUGGAACACUGGUGAACAAUUCAAGUACACCGGGUGUGGACAAUGAAAUGCCACAUUGGGCAACGAUACUGGCCCUUCUUAUGAUGAUAGUGACAUGUCUAUUGAUUAUCGUAGGUAACGUGAUAGUGCUGAUUGUAUUCCACUACACGCCAUCACUGAACAAUGCAUCAGGAAUCUUCAUCAAGUCGCUGGCUUGCGCAGACCUGGGAGUGGGAAUAUGCUGCUCUUUUUCCAUCCACUCUUGGUUCCUUCAGGAGUGGCCUUACGGAGAUGCAAGUUGUGCAAUAACUGGCUACACUCUGGCAGUAGCCGUAGGGGUUUCUAUCAUAGGACUGGCUUGCCUUAGCAUUGACCGCUACAUAGCAAUCACCAGACCUUUGAAAUACUUCACCAUCCUGACCAAGACAAGGGCAAGGAUCAUAGUAAUAGCAGUAUGGUUGAUCAGUGCUGGAAUAUUCCUUCCAUCAAUGUUUGGAUGGGGUACCUUCCAUUACAAUGACCACAGCUACGAGUGCUCCCUCCACUGGGAGGAGAAUGUUGCCUUCUCAUUCUUCAUCAUCGCUGUUCUAGUCGUGCCUGCUUUGGUCAUCUCAACCUUCUGCUACGUUCACAUCCUCAAGGUCAGCUUUGUACAAACCCAGCAGAUUGAACGAACCGGAAUGAUGUUCAAAUCGCCCAACCAACGGGAAAGUACUAGAUCCAGCUAUGAACGUCUCCUAGCAAAGAUAUUCCUUGUGAUCAUCAGUGCUUUUUAUGUCACCUGGCUACCCUUCGUGGUGACCAAGACUCUGAGGGGUCUUGUAGACAUUCACAUUCCACCACCAGCCAUGUUCUUUUUCUCCUGGCUAGGCAUCGUGAACAGUUUCCUGAACUGCAUCGUCUACAGCAUCGGUCAUCAAUCAUUCCGAGAUGGAUUUGUAGUCAUGAUACGAAAAAGCCGUAGGAGAGCCUCAACUCUCUCCUCUUGCUUCUUUACCUCAAACAGUCGCAAAAAGCAUCACAAAAAGUUGAAGAAGAAAAAUGGACAUCUGUAUUCCAAUGGAAAGGAACGGUUUAUUGAUGUGCGCCCAAUACCAAUUCCCAUUAAAGAAAGCUCCUUAUAAAAAUCACUGCAACUCAAGAUGGGUUUCUGUAUUUCUGUGUGCUAUGAAAUAUACAUACUUCAAAAUUCACAUACGUACUCAUAUCAAAUGGUACUCAAUGUCUGCAAACAUAAUACCAUGCAUUCAAUUCAGCCCAUUGCUGGUAUAUAUAUAUAUAUAUAUAUAUUUGUUGUGUAUAUUCUGUACUACGCAUUAAAGUAAUCUUGGGUAUCUGACAGUUAAGAUGUUACACAUGUAUAAUGAAAAAUGAAUUAUGUAUUUUGAUGUACAUGUAAAAAUUAUAAAAAAUAGUUUUAAGAUCUAACAAAUAUCCAGAACUAUCUUCAGACUGUGUGUUAAAAUUUUAAUAUACCUCAUUUUUCAUAGAAAGGGAAUACAUAUAAAGGAGAAUAUUUCUUCUCCCAUCGCCUAAUAUCCUAUUUUUUUCAACCUUUUACGAUGGGUAUUCCUGCUAUAGUGAAGAAUUGACAACCCACAAGCUUUGCUUUUCUAAUUUUCCAGUAAAAAUACAAAGAUUUCAUGAGGUCAAAAUAAAUUUGGUUCUCCAAUUGGCAAGAACUGUUAGUUUUUUUAUAUAACUUAUUGUAUGUAAACAAAAUUUAAACGUACAUGGAUCAAAAUGAAUGAUGAAAGCAAAAUUUUAACUAAAAAAUGCCAAUUUGCACUUUUAAACAGUGAUUUUGUUGUUUUCACUGCAUUGCCAAUUUAGAUCGUUUACUGAUCACCUAAUUGGUAUGAAAGGCGUAAAUUCAGGAACACCACCACACACUCCACUGGAAAUACUGGUAUCAAAUUUGUCAGUACAUUUUGUCUUUCUAAAUCAUAUUCCAUUUGUGAUUUGUAGAAUUUAUGAUGAAUGAAAAUUGAAAAAGUGUCCAAUGAAGGAGUGUUGUAAUUCUAAGGCCCCAAUUCACAAAGGUGGUUUUGAAAACAAUGGGUUGAACCCAUGGUUCAUGCAGGUUUUGUGUAUAAAUUAUCCCUCAUUAGUGCAUAUAUUAAAAAAAUGUCCAAUGCUGAUGCAAGCUUUUGUCAAACUGAUGCCUGUUGCCAUGGUUUGAGUAUUCUAUUUCAUUCAUGAGUUCAUUGUUUUUAAUGAGUCUGCUCUUCAAAACAGUGGACACAUGAAUAAAAUAGCGCACAUUUUGGCGCACUUAUGACAAAAGCGCACAUCAGCACUGGUCAUGUUCAUGUGGUAAAUAAGCGUAAUUUAUACAGGAAAUCUGCAUAAACCAUAGGUUCAACCCAUUGUUUUCAAAACAACCUUUCGGGCCUAUGUUAUCCAUUAUAAGUUCUUACAAUCUGUUGUACAUACAGGUAUGUGGAAAUAGUCUUUGUGAUGCAGCAAUAUUAUCAGUGAAUAAAAACCACUGUAAACAGAUAGGUAUCAUCCAUAGUUGAGUCACUAUAGCAUACUAAGUACCAGACUGUGAUGCCAGAACAAUUAAUCACCAUGGAAACUGGUCCUCACAUUUUCAAGUAGCCCAAGUGGAUGUGAUAAAAAGAAUACAGGAUCCUGGCUCUAACCGACUGGCACAAUAUUUAUGGUAAUGUGCUUUGUGUGAUCUGCAAAGUAAUCAUUUUCAUCUCUUUAAUUCAUACCAAUUCAUACAACAUAUGUUUUUUUUAUGAAUUUCGUAGUCAUUUUAUGUUGUCAAGUAUCACGUUCAUAAGAAUUAGUUUCAUAAUGCUGAACAUUCUUUUUUUUGUGCUAGAUAUUCAAUCAUUUGAAAUCUAACCAGUCCCAAAUAAAAUUCUUGUUGUUGAAAGGCCGCAUUCGUAUGUAAAGUUUGUUAUAUUAAUAUUUGAAGAAAAUUGUAUAAAGUUUACUCCCGUUCUUCAAAAUUCUGGAGAAAAUUUGUUUAGAUCAUUCAGCACAAAAAGGGUCAUCACCCAUACAAAAACCAUGUGUAAUUUACAAAGAGCUUCAAUGUCCAAUAAAAGGUGACAUAUGUACAUAGGUUUUCCCCUUCUUGUAAUUUGGUUUUCUCUCAAUAUUGGCUGUAAAAUGGUAUGUAUUACAAUUGUGAAUAGUUUAAAAGAUAUCACUUAUAUUUCAUAUAUUCUUUUGAACCUCUAAAGUUACUGGUAUAUCAAAAUCUUAAAUAAAUGUCACUAAACUGUUUACUUGCAACUGACUCGAAAAUGUUACUAUAUUGUCCUACUAUAGCAAUUGUCCAUAUUGUUCAAUAAAGUUUUACAACUAUGGUAACUUUGGCAUUACUGUAAACUACCAUGGAAUACUUGAAUGUGAUUGGCUGCUGGGCCCUGUUACCAUGGUAUUUACCAUAUUGGCAAAGUUACUGUGAGUGUGACUCUUUAUGGUAUGCACCUCAGAAUUGUCCAAAAAUGAAAAGAAAGCUGUAUGAAUAAAGAAUAAACUACAGAAAUUAUAAUUACAGAGAUAGAGGAAUGAAAUUAAAAAGCCUUGUGAUUUUGUGUAUGGGUACACCAAGUGGAAUUAUGUCUAAGUGAAAUAAUGUGAGAAAUGUAUUUGACUCUUUGAUGUACAGGUAUUACUGAUUAACAAUUUACACACAGAUCAGAGGGACAAUGUAAGGCCACUUACUUUUCUACAUAAUUAUGUAAAAACAAAGGGAUUUCAAAACUUGAAAUUCAACAAAAAAUAUUCUUAACUCAUGUGUAGCAAAAUAUGCAACAAAUAUUGCUGAGUCAUCUUGUAACCAAAAUGGAAACAUUUUCAGAUAUUUGUUACAUGAUUUGAAUAAUGUUUUUUCUAGAUACAAGCAAAUAAGGAAAAUAAGCACUUUAGUAUUGAAUGCUAUAAUGGCAUACAUGUACCUCACUCAAGACCUAUUCAUUGAUUCAUUUCAAUCCCAAAAAUAUUGGACUAAGGUGUAUACUAAAUUAUUUUUCAGGCAAUUAAGUGGCUCCCUAAUUUCUGCAAUAGACCAUGGCACUGUCUGCUAUAAUCAAAUUCAAAUUAGUCGAUUGCAUGUCAU